AGCGGACGGUGUCCGGACACAGAUCAGAGUGUUUCGAACGUUGCGUCUGAUCGGUAGUGUUUGUUUGGCAGUGUAAUUUUCCCGGAGGAGUUCUCAACGACGGACGAACACAGUGAAGAUGAACAGAUUUGUUGGAGUGCUCGUACUUUCGGCGCUGGUCAUCGGUGCCUUCGCUCAGAACGAUGAUCGUGAUGCUGCGGUACGAGAUCGGGCCGGUAAUGGGUAUGAGGUCCUGGUGGCGUCGUCCCUGCACGUGCGAAAGGCAAAUCCAGCCGGACGACGCAACGUGCGCAGCGUGCUAGAUCUGUUGGUGCCACCGGAAGCGGUGCUCGUACGCCAAAAGCGCCAAUUCGGUGGUUUCGGUGCGUCCAGCUCGAACGCUAAUGCUAACGCCUUCAACCAACAAUUCGGACCGAAUGGAUUUGGUGCUAGUGCCGCUAAUGCCGGUGCCCAAUCGUUCUACAACCAGGGACCGGGUGGUGGUUUCGGUGCAUCAGCUGCCAACUCUGCCUCGCAAGGUUUCUCCGCCGGUCCCGGUGGUUUCUCGGGUUCUGCUGGACAGUCCGGUAGCCAAAGUUACAAGCUUCCGGGCGAUAGGGAUAUCAACCUGUCGUACAGUGGAGGAUUCUCCGUCGCAAACGGACAGCCAAGCGUAUCGCAGGGCAGUUCCAUCAGCUUCUCGAAGAAGUGAACGUCUCCGGAACAAGCACAGAAGUGCGACAAACUGACAAUGACUUUUGUAGCAGUAAGUGAACCGGUGGGGAAAUUUAAUAUCCUCCAAAAUGGAAAUAAAUAGCGUAUGAGUACCAUUUCACAGUGAA